AUGUCUGAGCAAGGGAGAACUGACUCUCCUCUUCUUGCGAAACUCCCUUCAGACAUUGUAACUGCACUUAAAAGGAAAGCCAGUCGCGAUCCUAGUUCUAGAUUUCCUAAAAAAUUACAUAUCUUACUUACAUUUCUUGAAACAGAACCUCAACUUCAAGAUGAAUUUGGUUUGGGAUGGAUAAAUGAUUCGGAAUUCCGCAUGAACAAGAAAAUCGUCUCCGAAAUCAUGGGAAUCAAACUAAAUACUUUGAAUGUUAACCUACGAGAUCUAGAAUUCGUGCAAUUACAGCAUGAUAAGAAUGGAUGGACACGUUGGUGUCGUGAUGGCUUUAAUAAAUAUACGAUUUUUACUGAAUUAGAAAAUCCGAAUUAUACUGGGCCUGUACGCCCUCAAAAUCCAGGUAAAAUAGCUCGUCUUUCAGAUACUAAAACAAUCAACAUUGCAACAAUGCUUAAAAUCGGUCAUGUUUCUGCACAAGAAGAUUUGAAUUUCCAAGAAAUAGUAAAAUCUGACUUUUUGGAAAUAACACAAAAUGAAAUCGAUAUGCCUGCAGAAAUGUUUAUCAAAAAUGCUGCGAAUUACUUUAAACAACCAGAACAAACCUUAGAAAACGCGAUAGAUGUAAUUACUCCAAUUUUACGACCUCAAGAAAAUAUAGUUACCUACGAUGAUUUGUUCCGAUUUCUUGCGAUGUUUGGUCCCAAAAAUACAGUCAUGAUAAAAAUUGUUUCAUUAUUGAGGUCAAACAACGAAGAUACAUCAUGGCUAUACCUUGAUCCUGCACAGAAACCACUAGAUAAGGAUUUUACAGGUACAUUCGAUAAAUAUCUUCCAAAUUGUCUUGUUCUUAAAUUUAAAGAUGGAAAUGUGAUCCGUGUAUUCAAUCAUCCUUUAAUAGAUGCUUUUGGAACUUACGUUGUUGAUGAAAAUAAUCAUCAAUUUGCAUCAUGGGAAGAAUUCUUCCAAUCUUUUGUUAGAUAA